AUGCGAUUACCAAGCAGACAUUUAGGAUACAAACGUUUAUUUCACCGCUUUGCUCUUUCUGCUACAGUUCUUUCCAAUCGAUCCGUCCUUGCAUUUUCCAGCAUGUCGACACAUUCCACAGAACGAGCCGAUGGGACUAUUACCGUUGCUCCUCGCAACGAAGCCGCACAGUCCGCCCUUAUUGUCAUUUGCCACGGUUUGGGAGACUCUGCUGAAGGAUUUGCCGAUGUUGCUGAGAUGUUUGCUGCCCAAAUGCCAUACGCCAAGUUCAUCUUGCCAACGGCACCCACACAACCAGUCACAAUGAACAUGGGAAUGCCAAUGGCUUCUUGGUACGACAUUGUGGGGCUUGAUGAACGUUCCAAUGAAAAGUGCAAGGGACUUCCCGAAUCCCGCGCCCGCAUUGAAGGAAUUUUGAAAACGGAACAUGAAACCACCGGACUUCCUUAUUCGCGUAUGGUCUUGGCUGGAUUUAGUCAAGGUGGUGCUCUAUCUUUGUUUACUGGAUUGCAAUUGGAACAAAGUUUGGCCGGAGUCGUCGUCUUGAGUGGAUACCUUCCAGCUGCCUCCCAAUUCAAACCCACACAGCUAUCAACUCCUGUUUACCAUGGACACGGAACCAUGGAUCCUAUGGUCCAAUUUUCUUUGGCCGAAAAGACCAAGGCUGCCGUCAUGGCUCAUGGAGUUACCGACUAUACCUUGGAGUCCUUCCCAAUUCCCCACAGUGUGAGUCCACCUGAAUUGAAAAAGGUAGUAGAGUUCCUUUCCAAGGUUUUGCCUUCCGAUGACUCCUUUAAGAUUCAGUUGAAAGAUCCAAAGGACAUGUCAGUGAAGGAACUAAAGGCGGCAAUUCGAAAGGCGGGACUUGGUAACAAGGCAGUUGGUCUAAUGGAAAAGAGCGAGUUUAUCAAGCUGGUGCAAGAUCAUCGGGACGGCAAGUAG